UCGUUUAGGUUCCAAACACAAUAAAAUCGACGAUGAAAAUCUCAGCAUGGUAUAGAGAGACAUAAAAAAGGCUGAAAGAACAGUCUAAAUACAGCAACGGUGGGGUGGAGGAGACAGCGUCGCACGGAUUGGUAGAUUUACGAGCACGGCAAAUCAUUACAGAGCACUAGGAACGCGGGCAGAGGCAGGCAUAAAGGCUUUUGUGAGCGUUCUAGGCGCGCCUCCCCACCCCCAGCCUUGCCGGUCUGGUUUCUCCAGUCCCACCGCGCGCGGGGCGUGGUCCCACCUCAGACUCCGCCCCCGGCGGUGGGCUCCUCCCCGACUUGGGUUCCGCCCCCCUCUGGGUUCCGCCCCCUGCCCCGCCCUUAUCCCCCGCUCCGAGAAGCGGUUCUAAGCUGAGCCUCUGCCUCAGGGCUUCUUUCUGCCUCGGCUCCGCUGGAUGAGCCCAUGAUGGGGUCCACCUGCACCCACGAGGGAGGGAAUUGGAAUUGCUCUCCCUGGAGGGGUCCAACGUGGCUGAUGCCCCAGCGGAAGCGGAAGUAACGUCAGCGGUCCCCCGCUUCUUUUCGGGCUCUGGUCACCCGAGACCUUACUCGGAGGUGGUCGGUCUCGACCCGGCUUCGCCUCUGGGAUCACGCUGACUUAAGACACUGCGUCCUCCAGCUUCGGGGACCCGAAGGUUUCCGCGCGUGCAGGCUCUGCAUGGAGGGACUCAGCCAACCACCAGCUGGAAGAAGAUGUUACAUUUCUGCUGACAGGCACUAUGUUCAGGACCUCAUACAACCCUGUAUGAAGAGGAAUGGAGAUUGCCUCUCUCUGCUUGGAUUCCUAAGCUGCCCGAAAGUGGUCUCAGCAUCAGGAAAGGGAGUGUUGGGGCACAUUCCAGCGCCAGAGCCACAGAAUGGCAGCCGUUGAUUUGUCGGAAGGCCUUCUCUACGCAGAACCAAUCUGCUUUUAUGAAGACGAGACAAAGGUAGAAAGUGUGGUGGCUGACUACCAGGCAGAUUGUUACCAGGACUCAGUGACCUUUGAUGAUGUGGCUCUGGAGUUCACCCAGGAGGAGUGGACUUUACUGGACACAACUCAGAGAAACCUAUACAGAGAAGUGAUGCUAGAAAACUACGAGAACCUGUCGUCAGUGGGAUACCAGUACUUCAUCCCUAGUCUGAUCUCCUGGUUAAAACAAGAAGAACUAAACACAGCAGAAACUGGAGUUCUCCAACAAUUGGAGCUACAACCAGUAACCAAAGGAUCAGAAUUUGUGGAUUAUUUUAGGGAAGAAACUUCCAAAGAGAUGGAAAUGGUGAGAAGCCACAAUGGAGAGGAGCUCUAUGAAUAUAAGCCAUAUGGAGAAGUCUUCGGUGAACAGUUUUUCCUUAAUACACACAUGGGAACACAAAACCAAGAAUAUACUUCUGGGUAUAUUUGGUAUGGAGAAGACAUCCUUACUCUGCAGAACACCUCUACUGGACAGAACUUUUCUGAGAUUGAUCAGUAUGGAAACAUCUUCAGCCUAACUCCGAAUAUUGCAUACCAGACAACCUGCAUGAGAGACAAACCCUUUGAGUGCAGGGAUUGUGGGAAUGCCUUUUUUAAUCCAUCAUACCUUCAGAUGGAUGUGCAAACUCAUAAUGAAGGAGACCCCUAUGAAUGGAAGAAGUACGAGAGCGGAUAUAUUCACCCCACAAGCCUUGCCGUGCAUCUUCAAAUUUUGAAUGGAAGAAAUCCCUACAAAAUGGAGGAGUUUGGAAAGGGCUUUCAGUAUUUUCCAUGCCUUAAUAAUCCCAUGGAAACCCACACUGAACAAACACUUUGUGAAUGCAAGGAAUGUUGGAGAGCUUUCACAGUUUCCUCUCACCUAAAUCAAUAUGUAACAGUUCAUUCUAAAGAGAAAAACAAAAAAUGUAAGGAAUGUGGAAAGUGCUUUGCUACUUUUUCUCAGCUGUCUGCACAUAUAAAAACUCAUAGUGAUGAAAAGCCCUUUCAAUGUAAGGAGUGUGGAAAGUGCUUUAAAAAUAACACAUACCUUAACGAUCACAUGAGAAUUCACACUGGAAUAAAAUCGUACAAAUGUGUGGAAUGUGGGAAAGCCUUCCUUAGGUGGUCAGGCCUGACUGAACACUUACGAGUUCACACUGGAGAGAAGCCUUACGAGUGUAAGGAAUGUGGGAAAGCUUUCUCGAGAUCCACUCAGCUUACUGAACAUAUAAGAACACACACUGGAGUCAAACCCUAUGAAUGUAAGGACUGUGGGAAAGCCUUCACUCAGUACUCAGGCCUUGCCACCCACGUACGCAUUCACAGUGGAGAGAAGCCCUUUCAGUGUAAGCAGUGUGGGAAAGCCUUCACUAGGACCUCAGGCCUUAUUCACCAUGUGAGAACACACACAGGCGAGAAGCCUUUUGAGUGUGUUCAUUGUGGGAAAACCUUUAUUACUUCUUCCCACCGUACUAAACAUUUGAAAAUUCACAGUGGGGAAAAGCCCUUUGUGUGCAACAUCUGUGGGAAGGCGUUUGUAUACUCCACAUCCCUUAACAUUCACAUGCGAACGCACACUGGAGAGAAACCUUACAUCUGUAAGGAAUGUGGGAAAGCGUUUGCUGUUUCCUCACGCUUAAGCAAACAUGCAAGAGUUCACCAUGGGGAGAAGGCCUAUAAAUGUGAGGGUAUCAGUGUUGCUAUUUAGCCCCUCUGUGGCCACCCUUAAAUAUUGACAGUGACACCAAAGAUCAUUGGUUAGUCUUAACUGCUUUGUGUGAGUUGUAAUGACUCUCACUGGCAUAGGUGCCAUCCUCAGAGUAUGAAAUACGGUAUGUAGGUUCCCUGUGGAACUUUUGUAGUGCUGGGAUUGACUCUAGUGCCUCACACAUAGUAGGUAAGUGAUCUACCAGUGAGCAGCAUUGCUGACCUCCUCGAAUUGGUUCACAUAUACCUGAGUCUGAGCUCUUAGGGGUCAUAGGUGAGGUCACCACUGCACAUCAGCCUCAUUUGGUGCUUGGACCCCUAGCGACGGUAGCAUUAAUAAAAGCUAUGCAUGGGUGUCCAACCUUUUGGCUUGUUUGGGCCACAUAUAAUAUAGUUAAUGUAUAUAAGUAACAAGAGUUCCUUUAUUUUUUUAUAUUUUGUAUGAUAAGAUUAAAACAACACAGCAGCCUGCAGGCUGCAGGUUGGACAUACCUGUAGGAGAUAAUUGCAUAGAUUUGGCCCUACCCCUUGUAGGUUAGUGGCUGCCAGUGUGGCGAUUCACAUAAAAAUUCUCCAGAAGUGAAGUUGAUACAGGUCCAGGUGGACUGUUGAAAGACAUUCUUCCGGGUGUGUCCCCAACCCCCACUGAUUGUGCUGAGUGUGCCAAGAAGGAAAUGGUCCCUACCCCCUUAAUGGUUACUCCACAUUUGCAGCAAUUAUCCCUAUGUUUUCUUGUAAAAUCUAAUAAGUCCACCUUCUCUCGACUUCUGGGACUAUGUUAGAUCUAAGAGGCACUUUCUGCGCUAGUAUAAUCCAGUCUAUUCUUCACUUCUGUUGAGAUUGGUUAUGUCCCACCUGUGAGUCCUAAACAUGAUGCUUUUACCAAAUCAUUGUUUAGCUCACAGUUUUAGUAUUUUCUUUAGUCCAAGCUUUCUCAGCUUUCGCAGUGUGGAUCGGCUGAGAAGUUUUUUUGUGUGUUUGUUUUUUGUUUUUUUUUGUCU